AAAACGGGAAGUGCAGCAGUUACUACAAAUGCAGUCAAACAACUCCAGAUACAGGAAGAGAAACUUACACAAUGGCCGCAUACGCAAAGACAAAAAUCUUCUACAUUUCCAUCGGGUUUUGGCUCAUUUUAGGUGUUAAAAGCUACGACGGUUGGUCAAACUAUGUAUUAACUAUUCAGACUGGAGGAUCUGUCACCAUCCCAUGUCAUUAUGACAAGAAAUACACACAGCAGAAGAAAUACUGGUUCUCAGAGAUUGAUAAAUCUAAUACAUACACAAACACAACAGAUGAGAAUCUGUCAGUAAUUGAUCAUCCUGAUCAGAGUCUCUUUACUGUGACUAUGAGAAACCUGCAGAACAAACACAAAGGACAUUAUUAUUGUGUUGUGGAGACCGGAGAACAACCACCGAUAAAUAUAACAUAUGAGCCUUAUCUCAAGAUUCAAUCUGCUCCUGAUGUGUCUGUGGUGAGCAGCAGUGUAUCUGGACAUGAAGGUGGUGAUAUCAGUGUUAAGUGUCUCUACAGUUCUAGAUAUCAGAAUAAACUCAAACAGUGGUGCAGAUAUAAAGAUCAGAGCUGUUACACAGUGGGGAGGACUGACACAUCCCAGAAUUCAUCAGUCCAGAUCAGUGAUGAUGAUGGGGGAAGAUCCUUCACUGUGCUGACGACUGGACUGAGACGGACUGAUUCUGGCUGGUACUUCUGCUCUGUGGGAGAUCUGCAGGUUCCAGUUCAACUCCUUGUUCAGAAGGACGAUAAAUAUAAAAAUACAUCUGAAAGUGAUGAUGCUGGUCUAUUUCCCUCCAUAUGCAGAAACCAAACAGCAAGCAAUGAUCCGGAGGACAGCAACUGCUCUCCUGGCAACUCUACUGACCAGAUGCACUGGAUUUUUCUCCUCUAUACUGCUGUGCCGCUGCUUCUGUUACUGAUGCUGGUUUUAGUCAUCUGGAGGCUUAUUAAAAAACACAAUGGGGCUUUGUCCAAACGAAGACCUGACGUCUGUUCUGUGGCAGAAGGUCCAAUGACUGUUGCAUACGACACUGUGGUCUUCAAGAAAGCAGAAGACCAUGUUCAAAACCAGGUCUCCAUUAGCCGUCCUCUUGAACGAGAAGAAGUGAUCUACAGCACUCCGAAACUUCACUAAUAACAGAUUAUCUCUGGCCAUUCACAUUAUGAAUAUUACAAUGUUAAGUAAUGGCAUUUUCUGUUUUACAUCAUGCGCAGUUUCUUGUAAAGCCGCAAAAGAUUUCAUGUGAGAAAGAAAAAGAGGAACUUAAGUGUUGCAUGCAUGCAGGGACAUGGUUGUGUCAGAUUAUUAUUUUACUCUUAAGAUUCUUGCCACAUCUGUAAAAACAGUGUGCAUGUUUGUAGAGAUACAUUUUCUUCUGCUUUUCUACUUUUAUUCUUAGUCGAUGUGAGAAGCAAAACUGAAACAUCUUUGCCACAUCAGAGACCGACACAUGAGUUCAGGUCAGCUUGCAAUUAGUUACACCACUUCAGAGAAACCCGAA